AUAAAUGUAUACAAAUAUACAAUGAAAAAAUACUUUAUACUAUUAAUUAAAUAAAAAUAAUUUAUUUAUAAUUUUAGAACACAUGAUAUAACGAUUAGCAAUCUAUUUGAAAAGCACAGGAAAUAGGAGAAUGUUAAACAAUUUUAAAUUAACCAUGCAGUGUCUGUUAUCUCGGGUCCGAACUGUAAGUGCCCCGCACACAGCACACAACACUUUGAACUUAUAAAAUUAAACAAUUCAGUUUAAAAACAUGUAUAAUAUAAUAUUUUUUUUUCUUUCUAGUUAAAAUGUAAAUAAAAUGUUUAUUUUAAGCGAUAUUAUUAUAAUGAAUUGAAUGCAAAUAAUACAAUUUUUUAUUUGCUUGUAACCAACAGAUUCAUUAAUAGAAAUGAUAACAAGAAUGACGUAUCAUUAAUAAUUGUCUGUAUUUGAUAAGCGAUUCUACGUCAUCAUACAUCUUUAAAAAUUUUCAUCUUUUUAUAACUAGUUUUUGCAUUAUGCGAUAUGCCGAUAUUGCAACUAGUAUUUAGUAAUAUCUGUAAUAAAUUUAAAAUAAUAUUUUUGAUUACUCAUAUCAACCUAUUAUUUUUUAAGUGAUUUUCAAUUUUUUUUUCUUGUCGUAUUAUUAAUACUAAAUACCUAGAUUUUUUUAUAUUUCUUUAUUGUUUUUUACAAAAUGUCGAAUAACCGAUAUGUAAGUAACUCAUCGCGAGGAAUAUUUGAUGACGAUGACGAUGUAGAUGACAAUGAAUUUUUGUCCCGUGUUCGACCCAAUGUUGACUACAGAAAUGACCUUUUGGGUAAUAAUUUUGGCAAUCAAGAAUUAGAAAAUGCUUAUAGACAAAAGCAACAAGUCGUUGAAACAACAAAAGAUGUAGAACAAAGAACUUUACAGUCUACAGAAAGAACAUUACGUUUACUCAGAGAGACUGAAAAUAUUGGUACUGCUACAGCUGAAGAAUUAGUUAGACAAAAAGAACAACUACAAAAUACUGAUAAAAGGCUUGAUGAAAUUAAUUCUAAUUUACGUGUCAGCCAAAAGCAUAUACAAGGAAUUAAAAGUAUUUUUGGAAGUUUUAAAAAUAUGCUCAGUGGUAAAUCAAAUUUACCACCACGUAGUGCAUCAACUGAAGUCGAGCCAACUGGGUCUCCAUUAACAAACGAAGUGCGUAGAAGUACAUUAAGUGAUACCUUAGCGCAAGCAAAUUCUAAUAUUAGUUCUAUGGAACAACAUCCUGGUUUAAGAAUCAGAGGAUUGGUGGAUAAUGAAUUAACUACACCAACUGAUGUACAAUCUAGUUUAGAUAACAAUUUGGAUGAAAUUCUUGGAUCAGUAACUCGAUUAAAAGGUUUAGCAUUAGGGCUUGGUGAAGAGAUUGAUUCUCAGAACGACUUAGUUGAAAACAUCCUUGGUAAAGCAGACAAAGCUGACAUAAAUAUGGAACGUCAAAACAAAGAGAUAAAUCGUAUUUUAAAAAAAUAAUUAAUUAUAUCGAGCAACAUUCCUAUCACAUUAGAUAUCAUUUUAGAAUAAGACUCCUAUUACAAUAUUACUUAAAAUAUUUUACCUUAUUUACACAUUUAUUAUGGAUCUUACUUCUCAUUUAUGUUUAUAUAAUUAUAUUACCAAUUUUUCAUGUUAGCUAUAAAGUAUUAGACUUAUUGUAAAUAUCAUAAUAAUAAUAUGUGUCAAUUACAUAAAUGAAGUAUAAAUUUGUAUCAAUUAUAUUAUAUACUUAUUAGUAAUUUGUAUACUAAUUAAUAAUAUAUUUGCACAAUAAUUA